UCGAGGAUGCCGCUUUUUGCUUUCUCUGUUCUGAUCGCCAAGUGUGGCAGGGCAGGGUACUGGGCUAGUAAUGGCGUCCCCGUCCAGGAGACUGCAGACUAAACCAGUCAUUACUUGUUUCAAGAGUGUCCUCCUGAUCUACACUUUCAUCUUCUGGAUCACUGGUGUUAUCCUUCUUGCUGUUGGCAUCUGGGGCAAGGUGAGCCUGGAUAAUUAUUUUUCCCUUUUAAAUGAGAAGGCCAUCAAUGUUCCCUUUGUGCUCAUUGUCACUGGCACUGUCAUCAUUCUUUUGGGCACCUUUGGCUGUUUUGCUACCUGCCGAGCUUCUGCGUGGAUGCUAAAACUGUAUGCAAUGUUUCUGACUCUCAUUUUUUUGGUUGAACUGGUUGCUGCCAUCAUAGGAUUUGUUUUCAGACAUGAGAUUAAGGCAAGCUCUAAGAGUAAUUAUGAGAAAGCUUUAAAGCAGUAUAAUGCUACGGGAGAUUAUAGAAGCAAUGCAGUAGACAAGAUUCAAAAUAUGUUGCAUUGUUGUGGUGCCACCAACUUUAGAGAUUGGGAGAAGACUGAUUAUUUCAUAGAAAAAGGAUUUCCUAAGAGCUGCUGUAAAGUUGAAGAUUGUUCUCCUCAGAGAGAUGCCGAUAAAGUAAACAGUAAAGGUUGUUUUAUAAAGGUGAUGACCAUUAUAGAAUCAGAAAUGGGAGUUGUUGCUGGAAUUUCCUUUGGAGUUGCUUGCUUCCAGGUGAUUGGAAUCUUUCUCACCUACUGCCUCUCUCACGCUAUAACAAACAACCAGUAUGAGAUAGUGUAACCAACAUUACACAAGUUUACUCCUCUCCAACUUUAAGGACAUUUACAUUCCCCUCUGUGAAUUACUAGAUUACCUGGUUGGAAAACUACCUCAUGUCACCAAAGACCGAAAA